UGUGAAUGUCGUCAUUGCCAGUGAGUGAAUGUCUCUUGGGCUGCUCACCCUUUUUUCUCUUCCGAUCCCAGUUCGAUACUUUGGAACGCACGUGCGUGCCAGCGAUUCUGUCUCGAGAUACAUGAACAUACAACACAGCGUCAUCUGUGUGCUUGUGUGUUUGAGGCUUCUAUUUUGUUCAUUAUAUCUGUGUCGUCUGUUUGCCUUGUGUGUUCAACUUCUGUAGAUAUUGCACUAUUACUGUAUUAUCAUAUUUCCAUACUUCAACAUCCUGUUCCCUUCGUGUUUUAUCUCAUUCGGCUUUUUCUUUUUAAUAAAAAAUAUUUUACGUGAUACGAUUGGGUCUGGCAUGUUAUCAUGGACUUAAUGUUUUCACAUUGAGCCUCAAAAAUAAAUAGAAGAAACGUUGUUAACAACGGGGACUAGCGUGUCAGUUACUGGACAUCAUAGUGUGUUGGUCACUUGGUGAAUCGGUCAUAGUGGCCGCAAAACUAUUUUCGAAGGAUACAUAAACAAACACUUAACAGCAAUGGUCAACAAGUAGUCCGGACUUCAGUGGUCUAACUCUGGAGUACAAUCUAGACGAAGAUGAGUGACUGGGGCAUAGCGCUGCUGGUCAUCGUCAUUGUGGCCGUGGUGGCCGUGGCUGUCGGAGUCCUGUUUAGGCUGUUCGGUAUCUACCAGCUGGCCUGGUGCCUGGGUUCCGAGGAAGAGAAGGCCGGGCUGACCCAGAAUGAAAAGGGCCACGGAUUUAUGCAGGUGGGGUCAGACAGCUCAGAGUUUACGCUAGAUGCAGGAAACAAAUACGCGCAGUAUGACACUCUCAGUUCCAAUCCAAAGUUCAACAGCCUGGACAGUUCAACUCAGCCAAACGGACAACAGCCAAUCGACCAGCAGCAGAUCGAGAGUAACCGCAGCAGCCCCGUCUCAGUAGGCACAUCCUCCAUCGCGUCCGACCUCGACCUUGGCCAUGGUAUCAGACGAGCAGAAUCAUGCGACAGUGUAGCUUCAGACUCCAGCGUGUUGGACAUGCAGCCAGACAUGCCAAAAAUAGGACAGUUGGAGUUUGCUUUGGAAUAUGACAAAGAAGUGUCAGAGUUAAUUGUCAGUAUUUUCCAGUGUCGAGAUUUAAGUCCAAACCCAUACACUGGCACGUUGGACACGUUUGUUAAGGGAAUUCUUAUGCCAGGGAGUGACGACAAAUUUCAGACCAAAACUGUGAAAAACACCACAGACCCUGUCUUCAAAGAAAGGUUUCUUUUCUCUGUGGAGCCUGAACAAAUUCAAGGGAAGUCAUUGCAGCUUCAAGUCUUUUCGGUGGACAAAUAUGCCCGCCAGAAGGUGAUAGGAGAAGCAGACGUCAGAGUUGGGGAUGUCGACCUGAACAUGCCCAUGAGGAUAUGGUUCAACUUGCGGGAUAUCAAUGAGAAACCAACAGAAUAUGGAGAUAUUUUAUUCUCUUUGAGUUAUCUGCCCACAGCCGAGAGGCUCACGGUUGUCAUUGUUAAAGCUCGAAGCUUACGAUGGAAGGAGGGAAAGGAUUCUGGAGAUCCUUUUGUCAAAGUUUACCUCAUGCAGAAUGGAAAAAAAAUCAGCAAGAAAAAAACCACAGUCAAACGGGGGGAAAAGAACCCAAUCUUCAACGAGGCCAUGAUUUUCUCUGUUCCAUCUACGGCUUUACCGACUGUCCAAUUGCGUAUAACAGUAGCCGAGUACCAGGCUGAUAACAGGACACCAUCCUUAGGUCACGUGAUUGUAGGGGCCCAUACUUCCGGAACUGAAGCCACGCACUGGAACCAGAUGAUGACGUCGCUACGCAAGCCAGUCGCCAUGUGGCAUUUUCUACGGAAAUAAUUCUUAAAAGACGGCGUUAUUAUCAAGGAAUAAAAUCUUACAAUAUGUACAGUUUAAUAUAUACGUGCUUACCGAUCAUCCACAAGAGUACCUGGUUGUGUCUACUGAAUUGAUUUUACACUGUAAUGUCUUUUUGAAUUUCGUAUGUACUUUUGUAACAUGUAGAUACCAUAAAAAUGAUUGAAAUGUAGGCUACAGGCCUCUGUAAGAGUGGCCUAAGGAAUACACUUCGUACUAAGGUUACGAUUUUCAAACAUCCACGAACUUAUAAUGAGUGUCAUCGUGAGUUGCUAAAUGUCUCGUAUUUGUCAAAACACUUUCAAUGAAGUUAAAAUCUUUACUAUCAGUAAAAUUUCUAAGCUUAGAGACACGUUAGGGCAGAAAAGUUAUAAAUUAAAAUGGCAAUAAAACACUGAACCAUAACUUACAAAUACUAACAAACAACAUAAAAAAAAUACUCAGAAAGACACAAAGAUGAAGGCAGAUUUCUUAUACCAUAUGCUAGGCCGAAUUCAAACAGGGGGCAUUCUUUUUCCUGUUGGAUUAGAGCUUGAAUCAGCCCUGAAAACUAAUGAUUCUCAGGGUUUAAGCCACUACUUAACAUGCACGCCUUCAUUGAAACAUGGAUGUACUUCUGUUAAGAAGGAACGCCUAUAAUUGAUAAGAUAAAAAAGAUUGAUUUGUUAUAAUCAUUUAGUAUAACAAUAGAUAUCGAAUGGUAUUGUUUUUGUUUUGUAAUUUGCAUUUUAAAAAAAAGCAAAACAUUGAAUUACUCUUUAUGAAAUAUUAAAUGUUAAUUUAUAAUAUCGAUGAAGAAAAACCUCAUUUUAAUAUUUAAAAAAAAGACAUGUAGAAACACAUAAUUAAUACUUUUUUUUGAAGGAACUUUAAUUUAUUAAGAUAAGUACGGUAAUAAAAUGCAUGAGGUGACUUUUAUGUUCGUGUACUUCAAUGAACCAGUAACACAAACUAAAAACGCAUAAUACCUAGGUGUUAUAAUAAAUGAAAAACAGUCAUGGAAUCCCAUAUUGAUGAAACAAUCAACAAAAAAUCAAACAAAGCAUUAGGAUUUAUUAAAAGAAAUUUCUAAAAAUCAAAUAAGAACAUAACGCUAAAAUGUUAUUUAACCUUGGUUAUGCCAAUAAUAGAAUAUGCAUCCUCUGUUUGGGACCUCCCAACUCAAGAAAAUAUUAAGAAACUGGAACAGACACAAAAUAGAGCAGUGAGAUUCAUAACAAAUGAAUAUUCACAUUUGACUAGUAACACCUUUAGUAAAAUCACUAAAUUUAGAAAGCCUUCAGAAUAGAAGACUUAAAAGUAAAGUAGCAAUUAUACAUAAAACUCUAAACCAUAAUCUUCAAAUACAAAAACAAAAUUUAAUAAAAUACUCAGAAAGACAUAAAGAUGAUGUCGCAAUCUCUGUUCCAUAUGCUAGGACAAAUUUGUACAAAAGCUCCUUCUUCCCUAGCGCUAUUAGAGCAUGGAAUGGGUUGCCUGAGCUAGCCAGGAAAACCUGUGACUUGGCAGAGUUUAGGUCAUUGGUUAAUAUGCAUGACGAAAUCAUCUUCUUUUCUGAAGUAACGUCUGUAUCAUAUAAGAUAAGACGAUGGUCUAAAAAUUAUCCUCAUGACAAGAAAGAGAUGAUAAUGUUGUAUUGAUUAUGUGUGGAAAUACAAAUGGUAUCUAAAACGCAGUCCGAAAGGGUUAUAUCACUACAUAAAUAACAGUCUUUCCAUUACAUUAUCGGCAUAUAUUUGAAAUAAAUAGAGUAAAUAUUUCAACAUCGGUUUUCAUUUAGCCAUAUACUUAAUUUAAUGAUAAAAUAUGUUAAGAACCCUAUCUUAAAGAAUUCUUCUUGUCCACUAGAAAUAAAUCUCCAUGCUAACUUCACACAUAAAAAUAGUUUAUACAUCUUCAGUUGUCUGUCUUCAAUUUUCUUUUUUUAAUUUGGUUUUAAAUAACGACAAAAGCUUCCUGUAUAGAAGAAUGGACAGGCACGCGUUUAACUGUAAAGCUUGCUUGGCGGAAGUUCAAUAGAUCAGCAGACGAGACGCUGUAUGGGUUAAGUAGACGAACUUAUUGGACAAAGCAGUUAGGUGACAAUACUGGAAUCGAGUAGGAAUAGACUAGCACUUAGAUCUAUGUAUUAUCAAGCAUCUCCUCAAGUGAUUAAAUGUUACAUUGUCUGCCAUUACUACAUUGUCACGUGACUGGUGACGCCAUAUGAAAAUACAUUUUUGUGAGCCAGGGCCAGGGUAUGUAGAAAUUUUUGUUACACCAUAAAGCUACUUUAUUUUAAAUUUUCGUAUCUAAUCAGUUAUAAUUCUAUUCGUCAGUGCGUCAUUAUUUAUUAGGACCUAUUAGAAAGUAGUUGGCAAUCUUAAUCAUUUUGUGUUUGAAUUUUAGUGAAAUAUGUUAUUGGAAAAUAGGUCAAAUAGAUUUCUUUUUAUCUCGCCAUUAAAGUUUCAUAUAUUUGUUUUUACCCCUUAAUUGUAAUUUGCAAUGCUCAUUUCUGGUUAUAUUUUAACUUGUAUAUAAUUCAGAAUUCUGAGCAAUGUGAUGACCAGUGUUUUUCAUGUUUGUUUCCUUCUGGCCAGAUUGGCAUUUCAUUUUUUUUCAUUAUUUAUUGUAAAAAAAAAUAAUUCUUGUAAAAUGUUGUCUUCAUUAAAAAAAAUAAUAAUAAUAAUAAACUUCCCAUAUUCUGAACAUU